CUGUGCGCGCCUCAUGUUUCUCUCACUUUCGCCUUAGUUUAGUGCUGCGUUUGCGACGCGGGAGCGCAAAUGGAGGGCCGCGCCGAGACGCACUUCCGCCGCGAGGAGAUCAACAGCACGCUGUGGGAAGUGCCCGACAAGUACCUGUGUCUCAAGCAGGUCGGAACGGGCGCGUACGGUUCCGUGUGUUCAGCCAUCAAUGAAAGGACCAAAGAGCAGGUGGCCAUCAAGAAGCUGCACCGGCCCUUCCAGUCGGAGAUCUUCGCCAAGAGGGCAUACCGUGAGCUGCGGCUGCUCAAGCACAUGAAGCACGACAAUGUCAUCGGACUGCUGGACGUGUUCACUGCCGCGUGCCGACUGGAGGACUUCCAGGACUUUUACCUGGUGAUGCCCUACAUGUACACAGACUUGUCCAAGGUGCGUGGUCUGCUGUCUGAAGACCGGCUGCAAUUCCUUGUCUACCAGAUCCUAUGUGGACUCAAGUACAUCCACAGUGCAGGUAUCAUUCACAGGGACCUCAAGCCGGGAAACCUGGCCGUGAAUCAGGAUUGUGAACUAAAAAUCCUGGAUUUUGGUUUGGCCCGGCACGCCGAGCCUGAGAUGACAGGCUAUGUUGUGACCCGCUGGUACCGAGCCCCCGAGGUCAUUCUGAACUGGAUGCACUACACCCAGACUGUGGACAUCUGGUCUGUUGGCUGCAUCAUGGGAGAAAUGGUUAACGGGAAAACGCUCUUCAAAGGAAAAGACUAUAUGGACCAGCUGACUCAGAUAAUGAAGACCACUGGUGUACCGGGACCAGACUUCAUUAAAAAACUGGACAGUCAGGAGGCGCGCAGCUACGUCCUCUCCCUCCCUCACUACCCGCGCAAGGACUUUGCGACUGUGUUCCCCCGGGCCAGCGCACAGGCGGUCAAUCUUCUGGAGAAGAUGCUGGUCUUGGAUGGGGAGGGUCGCUUAACAGCAGAGGGAGCUCUAGCGCACCCGUACUUCGAUGGCCUCCGGGACCCAGAAGACUUCCCCGAUGCAGCACCUUAUGAUGACAGCCAUGACAAUGCCACACUGCCUCUAGAGGACUGGAAGAGGUUAUCCUUCAAAGAAGUCAAGAGCUUUGUUCCAUUUCCCCGACGAGACUCGAAGAGGAGGAAUACACUGACAAUGUCAUAAUACUGUAAUGUCAUGGCGAUAUCAAACUUAAUCACUACACAAAACAAUGCCAAUUCAUCCUCAGCUGCAAAAAAGCAACUCAGGUGUAGAAACUGACAAAAAAAUUGCGCACACACACACAUGCCAUCAAGACUUUAAAACAAAAAAGAAAUCUAUUCUGAGUAAUUCCUUUGUUUGUUAGUCAUCUGCAUUUUAUUUCACUGUGUCCUGAAAAUGUAGAGUGGUGAAUUUGGACUCCAGAGAAGAGUAAUAUGAGCUCUGAAGUGGUGCAGCACACUAUGUGGGUCUUUAAAAAAAAAUGUGGUUUUAUGGUUUUAUGUAUGCACACCAAAAAGUGACCUUUUUUAAUAAAAUCAUGUUGAAAUGCUUCAUCAGAGAGCUGUUUUAAUUUUUCUACAAAAUUAUGUUCAAGAUCUCCUGUAGCAGAAAGAAACUUGACAACUUUACUCAUUGACGAACAGGCGAUCACCACAGUCUCAAUACAGUUAUUCAGUUUUCUACCAUACCUGUAUGUCAUCCUUUGCAUAUAUUUCAAAUAUCAAAAAAACAUCUUUAAUUUGUUAAUCUUGCAGUGCUAUGCUUUUUCUAUGGCUG